GAAGAAGAAACACUAAACAGUUGCACUUGCUAACAAAAAUACAUAUGUUGUGUUUGGUUAUGUUUGUUUGUUUUGCUGAUUUUUAUACGGAAUUGUAAAUUAUUGUUAAUAUAAGUAUUUACAAUACUUAUUACAAUUUUUUGAAAAUGAGUUUUGACGAUACUAAGGAUACGCAAGAAAAUAUAAAUUAUUUGGAUGCUAUAACGUAUUGGACUCAUAUACCUCCUACAGUUGAUGGCAUGUUGGGUGGAUUUGGAUUUAUAUCCAGUGUAGAUAUUCAGGGAUCUGAGCAGUUUCUUAAAACUUUGUUUCAGUUGAAAAAGCCUCCAGGUAAAGAUAGAGCAUUGGACUGUGGUGCUGGCAUAGGAAGAGUAACAAAACAUGUACUUAGCCGGUUUUUUGCCAAAGUAGACUUGGUAGAACCCAUCGAGUCUUUCAUCAAAGAAGCUCCGAAUUAUAUUAAAAACAGUGAAAAAGUUGGUGAACUGUUUAAUGUUGGUCUGCAGGACUUCAAACCUUGCACAAGUUACGAUGUAGUUUGGUGUCAGUGGGUCUUGGCACACCUCACUAACCCUGAUCUCAUCAGCUUCUUACGUACUUGUGGGAAGAGUCUAAAGCCAAAUGGAGUAAUAGUGGUGAAAGAAAAUCUGUCAUCUUGUGAAGAAGGAGAUAUGGACAAAAAUGACUCUUCAAGAACUAGGCAUGAAAAUGAAUUGAAGAAAAUUUUCAUCUCUGCCGGACUCAAGAUCACCAAAGAGGCUGUACAGAAAAAAUUUCCAAAAGAAUUAUAUAGAGUAAAAAUGUAUGCUUUGAGACCAGAUAGUUCAUAUGUUAUGAAUGAAAUAAACUCAAGUUAAAACAAA